AUGGCUACCACUAUUUCGACGGUACUCAAUCAGUGCCUGAAAGAGUUCACGGAAUCAAUCACUUCAGAUGCACUUUUAAGAUACGAAAAUGAAGUCUCUCAACGGCGCUGGUCAGAUGAAUUGGGCCGACUACGAAUCUGGGCUGGUAAUAUUGGCGCUCAUCAAACUGGACAGUCCUCGCUGGACUAUCGGCUCCGUGAUGCUUCACAUCUGAAGAGUGAGACAGUGAAGAUUCUGCAGCGAAUGUUACGGGUAUUACGAAGUUUAACCGAAGUGAUGAACGAAGAAGACGAAGACCAGAUAGAUAUUGAUGAAGAAUUCCACGAGAGCGAUACGGAAAUGGAGGACGACAAAAAUGCGAUGACAGACGUUCAGGUUUUAUACCAGAGUCUACGGAAUAUUAUCAAUCUCCUCUUCCGGAUAUCCAUGGCCAUUCGAAGACCGGCUGACCACGAUCGUCUGCUGGGGAUAAAGAUCAAGAACGCUUCGUUCUUUGAGCCUUGGGCCCAACAACAUGUUUCUCACAAGUUCCCCAACAUCGAUGCAGACAUGGCUAGCCGCCUAAGCGCCGCUAUGGCAAGACAAAAAGCUGUUUUGAAAUAUUUUGAGCGGCACAAAGCAAAGCUUGGCAAAGGACUACUGGUCACAGGUGAAACUGAGUCCAACUACCUUUCAGAAACAGUGGCCACGGAGAUGCCCCUGGUUGAAGACAUGGAUCAGCUCCAAUUUCUCGAAACAGGAUUCAUGUCGGGUAUCUCCCAAACCUCAUACGCUCCUAGCAUAUUUACAGCAAAUGAAUCCCUGUCUAUACCCAAUGCACCGAGGGAAUCCGCGAAUAAUAACCCAUUUGAAUGUCCAUACUGUUAUCUUGUGAUCACAAUCAGGAACACAAAAGACUGGGCCCAUCAUAUAUUCCGAGACUUGAUGCCAUAUGUCUGCUUAUCGCCCGAGUGCAGUACCCCAUCAAAGCUCUAUGGUAGUCGUCGGCAGUGGUAUCAACAUAUUUCUGAAGCACAUCCUGCGUUCGCAAAUUUGCAGACUGGUCUGGGUUGUCCUCUGUGUAAUGUGGACAUCCGGCCACCGCUGACAUUCGAGCGGCACGUCGGACACCAUAUGGAGCAAUUGGCCCUGUUCGUUCUCCCUCGUGUGGAUUCAGCGGAACCGGAUCAAUCAGAAGCAUCACUUGGAUCUGGGUCGUUGGCAGUUGCAGGGGACACUAGCAAUCCUAGUAGUGACUCGGAGGAAGUGGACUCUACGAAUAAUUCUCGGUACCUCCUACGAGAUAGCGGGAACGUAUUCGUCUCUCGUAGGGACUCGAGGAACAAGUCACAGGAAGGGAGCCCAGAACGACAACCUUUGCGGAGUUCUGACAUAGCAUCUACUCCCAAUUAUGAUGCUUCAUGGAGCGACCAGGCUUCGCUUCAGAGCAUUGAUAGUAGGCAAGGGACGGGAAGAAGUAAGAAUCGUGUGACAAGGCGUCAUCGCUAUAGCCUCAGGAGUAAUUCAGAUCCGGACACGUUAUCCGAUGGCCACCUUCUCAUUGGCCACUUAUUGAAUGGAGGCCGGAGUGCACACGAUGUUCACAACAGACAUCAAGUGACAGCAGAAGACCCUUACAGGCCACCACCUCGUACCGGAGACGGAUCACCCCCAGCAGGCAUACGCAUUGGCUCCUCAUAUCCGUAUCCCCGCCCUUUCGAUCCACAUCGUCGUCUUUCCGAUCCGUAUCUUCCCCCUUUGAAUCCACAUCGUCGUCUUUCCGAUCCGUAUCUUCCCCCUUUGGAUCCGCAUCGUCGCCUUUCCGAUCCGUAUCUCCCCCCCUUCGAUCCGCAUCGUCGCCCUUCCGAUCCGUAUCUUCCCCCUCUCUCUCCGACACUCGACAGGCAAGCCCUGCAUAGUGCGCAGCGCAAUUUCUCCCCAGCGAUAGACACUGUAGACGGUUUUUCGUAUACUAUACAGGCUCUACCACCACCCUAUUGGGAUGGCCAGCUACUCCCCAGAGCCCAAUCCUAUUCCUGGGACUCUGCAUGA